AUGUUUACCUUUGUUAAGGAAUGGAAGUUGAAUACUAAAAAUCCUGUAGCUACAUCCAAUUUUUCGCCCGAUGGUACCCGUUUAGCAAUAGUACAAGAUUUAAAUAUUUUGAUCUAUGCAAUUACUACUAGAAAAAAUGAUACUGGAGAUCAAAUCGAUAUUAUUCCGUUGACCCAGCUUACUACAUCUCAUACAUGCCCAAUUUCAGAUCUGUUAUGGUCCCCUGAUAGCCAAUGUAUUGCCACUGCAUCAGAUGAUUAUACUAUAGAGAUUACUCACUAUCAUUAUGGUCAUUUGCAUAGACUAAUUGGUCACACAGCUCCAGUAACAAACUUAACGUAUAACCCUUAUGGUAAUUUAUUAUAUUCUUCAUCAAUGGAUGAGAGUAUUAAAGUCUGGGAUGUUCUAAACGGGACCUUAUUGAAAACAAUAUCUGCACAUUCAGAACCUGUCGUUUCAAUCAAUAUAUCUGAAGGAGAUCCAAGUAUACUGUGUUCAGGCUCCUAUGAUGGUUUGAUCCGUCUAUUUGAUUCUCAAACUGGUCACUGUUUAAAGACUUUAACUUACGAUAAAGAUUGGAAAAGAGAAAAUGAAGGUGUUAUACCUAUAAUUAAAGUGGAAGUUUCGUUUAACGGUAAGUAUAUCCUUGUUAAAUCACUGGAUGGUAUCAUCAAAAUUUGGGAUUGUGUUUGUGGUGACGUUAUCCGUGUGUUUCAUUCUAAAAAUAUUAAUAGUAAUGAAGAUGGAAGCGCAUCUGAAAGAGAAAAUCAAGAUGGAAAUAGUACGUUUUUGAAGUAUUCCACAGAUUGUAGAUUAUUUUAUCCAAAGAAUCCAAACACAGAUCCAUUGGUAAUUAGUGGAGAUGAAACAGGGAUGGUUUAUUGUUGGAAAUGUAAUAAACCCAACGAAAAUUUACAAAUAUUACAAGAUCCUGAAAAAUGGCAUAAAGAUAAUCCUAUAUUGAGUAUUGAUACAAAUCAUAAAUUGGAUCUCAUAUGUGUAUUAUCUAUGAAUGGUGUUUGUUCAAUUUGGAAAUGGGACGAUAAGGAUAGUGAUGAUGACAAUGAUGAGACAGGGAAAGAAAAAUAA